AAGGCAGCAUCAGCACUGCAGCCGCCAACGGUGCUGCUGUCUGACGAUGGUAGACUGGAAAGACGGAUGGUCAGGGCCGUCCCCGUCUAACCUGAACAUGCCAGUGUAACUUGAUUCAUGUCCGUUUGUGGUGCUGGACCAGGUUAAACGUUUAUUUAGCUUUAGCCAGUCAUACAACUGUGUUUUUUAAUAAUGGAGGACGACUGUGUUUGUGAGUACGACUCGACCUGGGACACAGAGAGUGAUGGAGACGACCCGGCCGGAGAGAGCCAGACCCGUCGGUCAAGUCAAGACAAAAACAAAUCUAGUUGGACUUUAGUAACUUGGCACCACACGCCCAGAAACAUGAGGGCAGCAAAGGACAUGCAGAACUACAGAAGAGGAUACCCAAAUUUAACAGAUGAUGAGUGCUCAGAGGACAAAAUGAACAAUUUGCAGUUUUAUCUCAAUAAAUUUCCCUCCGCUCCUGAUGAUGUCUACAUUGAGUCAUUUCUUAAGGAAUGGAAAAAUGACUACAAAAGACUGGAGAGAGUUCACUCUUACAUUCAGUGGUUGUUUCCACUGCGAGAGCCGGGGGUUAAUUACAUGGCUUCAGAACUCACCAAGAAGGAAAUUGAGGCCUUUAAGAAGAAUGAGGAUGCCAAAAGGAGACUAGUCGAGUCCUAUGAACUCAUGCUGGGUUUCUAUGGCAUCCGUUUGGUAAACAAAGAGACAGGUGAAGUGAAACGUGCAGAAAAUUGGAAGGAGCGCUUUGGAAAUCUGGAGCGGAAUAUGCACAACAACCUGCGCAUCACUCGCAUCCUGAAGAGCCUCGGGGAGCUGGGAUUCGAGCGCUAUCAGGCCCCGCUUGUGCGCUUCUUUCUGGAAGAGACUCUGGUCAAGAAGACCCUCAGUAGUGUCAAACGCAGCGUGCUUGACUAUUUCCUGUUUGCUGUGCUGGACAAGCAGAAACGUCAGGAGCUUGUACGCUAUGCCUACCUUCACUUUGAGCCAAAGGAUAAGUUUGUGUGGUGUCCCAGAAAGAUUCAGAAACAAUUCAGGAAGGCAGAGAAAAGAUCUGAUGCCAUUGGGAACGGAGAUGGAAAGGAUGACGUGUAUUCACGGGGUAAAAGCAAAGAUGGAGAACCAGUUGUGCAACAGAAAGAGGAUGGAUUGGAUAAUGUUGCAAAAGCUCAGAAAGGAACUGAUAAAACAGCAAAUAAGGACAAAAACAAACUGUCAGAGGCAUCCCCUGAGCCUAAACCAGAAGCUGAAACUGUUGGAAAUGGAAACGCUGAGGCUGAAUCUAAUAAUGAAAUUUUGGGGAAUGGAAAUGACUCGACAGAUGAUGUUGAUGAAAUGGAUCAGUCGCCCAGUCCUGACACUGUGGUGGCAAAAACCGAGCCCAGUGCGGACAGUGAACACAAAUUUACCAACAACUCGAAGGAUACCACCCAGGAACCAGACAACAGUAUGCAAACAGAUGGAGACAUAGACACUGAAAAACCACCGAAGAAGAAGAGAGAAGAUAACAAGGUGCUGCCAAGCAACGGCUCUGCCGGGGACUCGGCUAGUGGGCAGAUGGAAGAAAAAGCUGGUGCUAAUAAAGCCACUGGUCAAAUGAGCCCGUCAGUGCAAACCCCCCUUAAGACUUCAAAACAUUCUCCCUCGCUUUCUUCGGGAAGGGAGGAAAAAAUCCCAAGGACUGAUUUUAAUCAAGUGCCAGAUAAAAAGGAGGAGGAAGACAUGUCGGAGGAGGAAAAUGUGUCGGCAACAAAUGGGUCAGUGACAAGCACCGACAAACCUGUGGAUGAACAGAGAAAUGGGAAGGAGUCACAGGAUGUCGAUAUGGCAUCAGACCCAUUGAGCUCAGACCAAAAUGUGGGGAAUUCAUGAAUGAACUGGAUGAUUGGAAGAUAAUAAAUUAAUAUGAGCUUAAAUGAAACUUAAUAUAGGGACAGAGGAUGACUUAAAAAGACUUUCUGGGCCUUAUUUCUACUAUAUUUGAUGUUUAGAUAUUGAUUCUUUACACUUUGAAGGAGUAUAUGGAUUGGUUAAUUCACCAAAUGUGGGACUGGAUGUGACUCAGUUUCUACAUAGCCAUCAGAUAAUAUUAAAGGAUAAGACUAGUGAUAUUCUAUAUUUUUGGUUUUUGUUUUGUGUUGUCUUGUUUUUUUUUUGUUUUUUUUUCAGCAGAUCCCAUGAAAAGACCAAAAGUGACAGUCUGUUAGCCCUGUCUGUGGCUCCAAGCUCAUUGGUUCAUGGUUAAGAUGUGAAUCUUUAAAAACAGGUCAGGAAUAUGUAGUUUUAUUUUUUAGAAAGGCUAUAUAGUGUGACAGCUUGGAACCAAAGUUUAACUCAAACAGAAUUAAACUGUUUUUUUUUUUUUUUGUUGGGGACUGUUUUCAGCAGGGGGAGUAUGUACAGCAUCAAGAUGGUGUAUGUGACUUUACAAAAACUGCAGUGCCCAGCUUUGUUGUAAUGAAGGAACUUGUCACCUAGUGCAACACUGAAGCUCAUUUAUGUGUUUAAUAUUUUCUGUACAACAUUAGAAGGGAGCACAGAAGGAAUAAGCUACAAUCAGGCACGUGACUACACAGACAGCACUGGAUAAAUUCAUUUUUGUUUUGGUCAUGGGAUUUCUUCACAAAAAGAAAAAUAUACAAUAUUACCAGUCUUGUCCUUUCAAGGUAGUAAUGGCUAAGACUGUCAGCAACUAAUAUUUAAUAUCUACAGAAUACAUAAAGCACUAUUAUUAAUGUAUGUCAAUGAAAUGAUGAUUUCAGCGUUUUUAACAGCUUAAUACUUUCACAAUUGAACUGUUUUUUUGCACUGAGAAAUAAUUAAUUGGAAGAGCUUUUUGUUUUUCUCUUGAGCUGUUUUUUGUGUAAGUAAAAACUACUACUUCUGUGCUGGUUUUGUGUUUCUGCUGGACCCCGCCGUUCCAAUGGAUUUAAGACUGAAUGUCAUUUAAGUUAUAUUUCAGUAAUGUUGCACAUCUGUAUGUUUUCAUGCAGAUUUGGGAAGUAGACUUUUGAACAUCUGCCAAAAAUGAGAUAAGACUGGUUGAUUGUACAGUGUGUAUGUCUCCUCGGCAGAAUUGAUCAAGCUUUGGCUAUAAUUUAAUGUCUGUUCAUUUCAGAUAGGUGCAGACGGUGAAUAUUUACAAGCCAGGGGUGGUUAUAUUGAUGCAUCUUUUUAUAUUUGCACUUAAUUUUGAAUAUUAAUUGUUGAGGUUAUGGUAUGGUUUACAUAAUGAAAUGGUAAUAACUUUACAAAAAUGCUGAACUCUUUCUAUAUGAUUUUUUUCCCCAAGUAAAUACCUGGCUGUUGACAAAGCAGAAUAAAGUUAUACUAUUUUCUGAUGCUUUUAUGGCAUUAAUCUGUUUAGCCAAAGUCUGAGUCCUGUUCUAAUUUAUUAAACUGCAGUUCUCAGGAUAAUACUGUCAGCUUUUGCUCCUAUUCCUGAGAUUCUUCUUUGAUUUCCCAGUGCAGCCACAUAUAGUCAGAAAUAUUUCUCCAACAAGCGGACUGAGCCUCAGUGAAGUGGCAUGACUCACAAGAAGAAAGAUGUUGAACUUAGGUAUCGAUGCAACACAACUUGUUCAGAACUCAGGAUCAGCGUGGAGUCGACGGUGUGAGUAAGAACAGUAAAAAUAUAUAUAUAUAUACUGUUGGAGACUGAGCUUGCUGUUUGUUACUGCAUUGUCCAUGCCAGCCUCUAUCUAUAGAUCAAUCCCAUCCCCCUGUUUGGAAUAUAAAUAAAAUUCUUAACACAU